UCAGUGGGCGUGGUCUGCACGUGUGCAGCUUGAGUCAGUCCAACAGUCUCGCCCUCAUCUGCCCGGAAUACUUCCAACUCUCAGGAGAGACGCCCGGAAUGUGUCUUCUCUCAUCUGUUCUCCUCUUCAUCACAUCAUAAAGGACACUCGCUGAAUCACAGAAACUCCCUUAAUCUUCAUCAUCAUCAUCAUCAUCAUCAUGUCUGGGAAGUCAGACGGUGCGUUGAAGAAGUGGGCGGCUGUGCGAGGUCGACUGGGCUCGUCUCAAGAAUUGGACGGCCCGCAGGAGGCCAACCUGGAGAACUCAGACGCCGAGCUGUGCAUCCGUCUGCUGCAGGUGCCCACCGUGGUCAACUACUCAGGCCUGAAGAAGCGGCUGGAGAAGAGCGACCAGACCUGGAUGGUGCAGUUCCUGGAGCUCUCGGGCCUCGACCUGCUGCUGGAGGCCCUGGACCGUCUGUCGGGACGCGGCUGCUCUCGAAUCGCAGACGCUCUGCUGCAGCUGACGUGUGUGAACUGUGUGAGAGCCGUGAUGAACUCAUCUGCUGGGAUUCACUUCAUCGUGGAUAAUGAGGGAUACGUGCGCAAGCUGUCGCAAGCUCUGGACACGUCUAAUACCAUGGUGAAGAAGCAGGUGUUCGAGCUGCUGGCGGCCCUUUGCAUGUUCUCCUCCGAGGGACACCGACUCGCUUUAGACGCUCUGGACCAUUACAAGUCUGUGAAGACGCAGCAGUAUCGAUUCAGUGUGAUUAUGAACGAACUCCAGUCGACUGAUAACGUGCCUUACAUGGUGACUCUUCUGAGCGUCAUAAACGCCUUAAUCUUCAGCGCCGACGACCUGCGCCAGAGAGACAAGAUGCGCAAGGAGUUCAUCGGAUUACAGCUGCUUCACCUGCUGCCGAAGUUGAGAGAAGAGGAUGAUGAAGACUUGAUCAUCCAGUGUGAGGCGUUUGAAGAGGCCAUGGCUGAAGAUGAGGACGAGCUCCUGAGGCUCUAUGGAGGAAUUGACAUGAGCAAUCAUCAGGAAGUCUUCACAUCUCUUUUUAACAAGGUGAGCAGCUUCCCGUCGUCUCUUCAGCUGUUGUCCGUCUUGCAAGCGCUGCUGCUGCUGGGUCCCGAGCGAGCAGAUAUCUGGCAGGCGCUGGAGGCGCUCGCUAACAGAGCCGUACUGAUUGCUCAGAGCUCUGAGAUGGACUCAUCUGAGAAGAUCAUGCAGCGUCUCGUCUUCUCGAAGGAAUCGUCCAAAGGCUCCUUUGAGGUCAACGGUUAUGAGUCCAGAAAAAAGAAUCAAGCCGUUCAGACGGAGACCAAAGACGAGAAACUGGAGUGUUCCUGCAGAUCAUCCAAAACCCAGGAACCUCUGAUCAACUCCACAAAGACCGGACCUCCACCUCCUCCUCCACCUCCUUUCUCAGCAGUGCCUUUCAAAACAGGAGCUGGACCUCCUCCUGCACCUCCACCACCUCCUCCCUUACCAGGAGCACCAAUGCCUCCUCCUCCGCCUCCUCUUCCAGGAAUAUGUUCUGCACCUCCUCCUCCACCUCCACCUUUACCUGGCAUGGGUGCACCUCCUCCUCCUCCACCUUUACCUGGCAUGGGUGCACCUCCUCCUCCACCUUUACCUGGCAUGGGUGCACCUCCUCCUCCACCUUUACCUGGCAUGGGUGCACCUCCUCCUCCACCUUUACCUGGCAUGGGUGCACCUCCUCCUCCACCUCCUCCUCCAGGAGCAGGUGAUGUGAUCGUGGCCCGGACGUUUCAUCCGGUUGGUCAGUGUUACUCCGCGCCGGCGAGGAGCGGUCCGUAUCCCACACUCAGGAUGAAGAAACUCAACUGGCAGAAGCUGAACUCCAGAGCCGUCACCGAUGGUCCUUCAAUGUGGGCAUCAGUCUCGACCGAUUCACCGGUGGAGCCCAAUUACAGCAGCAUCGAGCAGCUCUUCUGUCUGCCAGUGACUGAAGUUAAAGACAAGAGCCCAGCCACUUCACUCAAGAAAGAGCCCAAGGAGAUUUCCUUCAUUGACCCCAAGAAGAAUCUGAACCUGAAUAUCUUUCUGAAGCAGUUCAAGUGCUCAAAUGAAGAGUUUGUGUCGAUGGUGCAGAAAGGAGAUUGUUCCAAAUUUGACGUUGAGUCCCUGAAACAGCUUCUGAAACUCCUUCCGGAAAAACAUGAGAUUGACAACUUAAAGACCUUUCAAGGAGAUUCAGACAAACUGGCCAGCGUGGAUCACUUUUACCUCUUACUGCUGGCUGUACCCUGUUACCAGCUGAGGAUUGAAUGCAUGUUGCUGUGUGAGGAAGCAAUGUCUGUGCUCGAAAUCCUGAAGCCCAAAGUGGAGCUGGUGGAGACGGCCUGUGAGAAUCUCAGGAAAAGUUCACUACUGCCAAGUUUCUGCAAAUUAAUCCUCGAUGUUGGAAACUUUCUCAACUAUGGAAGCCACACCGGAAACGCUGAGGGAUUCAAGAUCAGUUCCCUGCUGAAACUCACUGAAACCAAAGCAAACAAGAGCCGCAUCACGCUCUUACAUCACAUCCUGGAGGAAGCUGAAUUAAACCAUCCAGAGCUGCUGAAGCUUCCAGACGACAUCGAGGCCUGUGAGAAAGCAGCCGGUGUAAACCUGGACUCGAUUCAAGCCGAAGCCAGUCAUCUUCUGAAGAGACUGAGAGACGCGGAGAAGAAGGUGUCUUCGUCGCUCGAGGACGUCAAACAGCAGUUCUCCGGGCUCAUCGAGAAGAACCUGACGACGUGUGCAGCUCUAGACGAGCGUUUCACUAACCUGGACAACAGGAAAGAUGAUCUGGCUCAGUAUCUGUGUGAAGACGUGUCUCAGCUCUCGCUCGACGAGCUCUUCAACAACAUCAAAACCUUCCGCCAGCUCUUCCUCAAAGCGCUGAAGGAAAACAAGAUCCGUAAAGAACAAGCGGCUAAAGCGGAGAAAAGAAAGCAGCAGCUGGAGGAAGAAGAGUCCAAGAGACAGAAGGGAGAAGAUGGAAAGAUAAUUCGUCGAGGCGCGCCUCCGCAGGACGACGGCUGCAUCAUCGAUCAUCUCCUGGCCGACAUUCGCAAGGGUUUCCAUCUGAGAAAGACUCGUCCCAGGUGCGAAAGGGAAACCCCUCCUAGUGAAAUGCAUAGAGAUAUGGGAGCGUCCGCAGGAAGUGCAAGGUCUGUCGGAGAAGAAGCUGGAUCGUCUGCGGUCCACACAUCUCCAGCGGCCGCGGUUUCUACUCCAGGAGAUCUGGACAAAGACUGCGGCACCAGUCCCUGUGCUGAAGAGACCUCGGCGGGGAACGGGGAACCAGAGAGCCUUCCUUCAGACCGGAACCAUGACAUCCACCCUCCAGCCAUCAGUCCAGCACAAAACCAUCAGGAACCAGCCGACACGUCACCCAGCUGCCUUACUGCGACCAGCACAGAGCAGAAUCACAACGGGAAUAACAUCAGGCCUGCAGACGGUCGCCUGAAGAACACGGACGAGACGCUUCGCUCGAGCAACACACACACAGACGACAACGAGUCGGCAGGAAAACCGCAGCCGUGUGAUGUCAUCGACGGAGUGAUGUCACAAGCCACGCCCACUCCCACUGACAGCCCCGCCCCCUUGAAACCCGAGAGCAAAAAACAUUUCUUACAAAGAAACAAAAAAGGCAGUAAUGAAGAGGAGGGUAACAGAGGGAACGGACGCUCUAAAAAGGGAUGUGUGUUGCAGUGAGGAAGCUCAAGGAAAAGAAGAACAAAGGGGAGAAGGAAAAGUUGAGUCUGUUCCUGCUGUGUUCCUGUUAUUCGUCUGGAUCUCAGAGGGCCGGAGGAGAUCUGAACCGCUCUUUCGUCUGCAGAGGAGCCACUGACGGCGUACUUUAGACAAAUACACACGGUGUAUUCGAGUUUGGCUUUGUUUUUAAAUGCUAAAUCUUUAGAUUUGACCAAACUAUUUUAAAUUUUUGCACACUUGGAAGAUACAUUUAUGACACACCAAAUCUCUGUUUACAUGAGAGAGGGUCAAUAGAGGAGAAGGAAAAAUGGUCAAUCAUGAAUUUUUGCUGUUUCUCAAAACCUUUGAACAGUCUGAAACCUUUAAGAUGCAUUGCUGUUAACUGUUUAAUAUUGCUCUGAAUGUUAACUUUAUAUGUUAUGAAUAUGCUUGGCAUUAACCGGGAAAAGUAUUACUUUAUUAUGAUACCGGUUCUAAAAUAUUAGUGUAAUAAAAAUUAUUGGAUUACAUUUGCGCUUGCAGUGGUUAAGCGAGACUGUCAUAUUGAUGUCAUUAUGUAUUUUCAUUGAGAAAGUCUUUAAAUAAAAAUAAAAAUGUGCAGUCAGCUC